AUGAAGGGACUGUGUCCAGCCUACCCGCCAGGUUACUUUCCUGUGAUUACGUUGCCACCUGGAACAGUACUAACACCUUCGCCUUCAGUGAUACCAACAUUCCAACCGACGCCGCCUUUUCCGCAGACUCCGCCCACGCCGCCCACGCCCCCCGUACCAACAUACGUCCCUACCUUUCCGGCGCCCACAAUAGUGCCACCGACGCUGGCCCCGUGCCCACCAGAGCCGCUCGUUUGCCUGCCCGGUGGAGCGCGACCGCUACCAAACUGCCCCUGCAUCGAUCCGAGGCAGCAAAACUCCCAGAUGAUGUCAGCAGUUGUUCCGAUAAUGCCACCGACUGCUCUGGCAGAGGCAGCACCAGUCCAAAUGGGCUCGGACAUGAUGGUUUUCAUGCCACUCAAUGCCACCAGGCGUCGUCGACGACGACGAACUCAGACGUGCUUUGACUCUCGUGCUCGCGUCGGCUUCUGCCUAUCCCUAGCUUCUUGUCCCCAUCUGAUCGAGGAGUACUACAGCCAUACUGCCAUAAAUCCCAUUGCUAUCGAUUUUCAGACAUUUCUAGGAAAUUCCAUAUGCGGGUACGAUGGCUCCAGCUUUCGGAUUUGCUGUGCUGGUAACAUGAGACCAAAUGGAAUCGUCUUCAACCCACGUCCAACAACGCCUGCCGGACAAGGCGGAAAUUUCCUGUUCUCCGCUCUUGGUGCCUCAAGUGUGCCUUCUGCUUCAAUUCCGACACCUCCUGUUUAUCGGCCCGUACCACCUACCACAGCUCCAGUUGUUUUUAAGCCAGCACCACCCACAACUGCCCCCGUCACAUUUCAACCUGCACCGCCCACCUCUCCAGGAACCAUUAUUCGACCAUCUGUUCCAUUGCCCAGCAGCUCCCAAACUCCGGGAGUCAAAGCUGCGGGCUGUGGAACCAGCACAGCCACCACAAACCGUGUGGUAGGUGGCAUGGAGGCCAGGCGCGGGGCCUAUCCUUGGAUCGCAGCCCUGGGAUAUUUGGACGAGCUAAAUCGCAAUGCUCGUAAAUAUCUGUGUGCUGGAAGUUUGAUCAGCAAUCGGUUCGUUGCCACCUCAGCCCACUGCAUCAAUCCUUCAUUGAUAGUGGUGCGCUUGGGAGCGCAUGAUCUCGCCAGGUCAGACGAUGGCGUGGAGUUUGGCAUACGCCGCACUGUUGUUCAUGAGAACUUUGAUCUGUCCACCAUUGCCAAUGAUAUAGCCCUCGUUGAGUUGAAUGGAGUGGCCCCAAAUACCGCAACCAUUGGCCCGAUUUGUUUGCCAGAGACCAGUAGCUUUCUGACCCAAGACUUUGUCGGCAUGAAUCCUUUUGUUGCGGGCUGGGGCGCGGUGAAGCAUCAAGGCCCCACGUCACAUGUCUUGCGAGAUGUCCAGGUGCCGAUUGUGAGUCGUCAGGUUUGCGAGCAGAACUACAGGUCUGUUUUCAGGUUCGUUGAAUUCAGCGACAAGUUGAUUUGUGCCGGUAACUCAAUCGUCGAUGCUUGUCAGGGCGAUUCCGGUGGACCGCUUAUGAUGCCGCAGCUGGAUGGCCACAUUUACCGAUUUUACUUGUUGGGCAUUGUAUCUUUUGGAUAUGAGUGUGCCCGAACUGGUUUUCCAGGGGUUUACACGAGAGUCGCUUCCUAUGUUCCAUGGAUUAGAAGGCACAUUGCUUAAUCUUUCC